AUGCCUCGAACUAUGUUCAUCAACCCCUUCAAGAAGCACGAUGUCUCGGAGUUUCCGGACGUGCUAGUUCCUCUUGAUCAGUCUACCCAUCGCGCUUCAAUCUUCUCUACAGUACCUCAAAGUGAAAAGGGUAACAAGGACGAAACGCCUGCCGCCACGCGACCUCCGAGUGAAUCAGGAAGCGGUGUUGUUAACCAUGGCAUGACUAAGGAAUCGUUGAAGCAGGAGAUCAUCGCCGAUGUUGGAGCGGCUGACCAGGACACGCCCUAUGAUCGCAAGGCAAAGGUCAUUAACAAGGCCCUCCAAGAUAUGGGCAUGGGCAAAUACCAAUGGGAGCUCUUCGCUCUGUGCGGAGGUGGCUGGAUGGCCGACAACCUGUGGCUUCAGGGUGUCGCUCUUACCCUUCCCCAACUGUCUGCUGAGUUUGGCGUCAGCGAGACGGAAGUCCGUUACACAACUCUGGCACUGUUCCUUGGUCUCUGCAUCGGCGCCUCUUUCUGGGGAACUGCCUCAGAUGUUAUCGGUCGCCGUCUAGCUUUCAACUUCACCCUCUUCCUCGCUGGUGUUUUCGGUCUUGCCUCCGGCGGUGGACCCAACUGGAUCGGUACCUGCGCCUUGUACGCCUGCAUUGGUCUUGGUGUAGGCGGUAACCUUCCUGUCGAUGGUGCUCUGUUCCUGGAAUUUUUGCCACAGACAUCUGGCAGCCUCCUGACUCUACUAUCAGUCUUCUGGCCAGUGGGCAACCUGAUCGCCUCACUCUUGGCCUGGGCAUACAUUCCCAACUUCAGCUGCUCUUCGGAUACUCCCCUCGGACAAUGCGCUAAGGAAGACAACAUGGGCUGGAGAUACCUGGUCAUCACGCUCGGUGCCAUCACCGCUCUCAUGUUCGUCUGCCGCUUCUUCCUCUUCCACCUCUAUGAGUCGCCGAAGUUCUUGCUCUCCCGCGGUCGCCAAGCUGAGGCUGUCGCAACCAUCUACGGCAUUGCGCACUACAACAAGACUACUACCUGGCUCACUGAGGACAUCCUGAACUACGUUGGCGGCGACCAGGAGGUCACCCAGGAGGAUGUCGGCCUCAGCGUCUUCGAGAUUAUCAAGCGCUCGCUGAGCAAGUUCUCGCUUCAGCGCUUCAGCGCCCUGUUCGAGAACCGCACAUUGGCAAUUUCGACCUGCCUGCUCUGGUUCCAAUGGGCAACCGUCGGCAUGGGCUACCCCCUCUUCAACGCCUUCCUCCCCCAGUACCUCGCCAACUCCGGCGGCGAGGUUACUAACAGCGUCGCAACCGUCUAUCGCAACUACGCCAUUACCGCCAUCGUUGGUGUUCCCGGCUCUCUUUUCGCCUGCUGGACCGUCGACCUGAAGUACAUCGGCCGCAAGGGCACCAUGGCUUUCGGUACGGUCAUCACUGGUGUCUUCGUCUUUCUGUUCACCAUCUCUUCCGACUCGGACUUCCAGCUGGCGUUCACUUGCCUCGAGGCGUUCUUCCAGAACAUCAUGUACGGUGUGCUGUAUGCUUACACACCUGAAGUUUUCCCUGCGCCAAUCCGUGGUACGGGAACUGGAAUGUCGAGUUUCCUCAACCGUCUGGCUGGUCUUUGUGCGCCGAUUGUUGCUAUCCAGGCUGGUGCAAGCAACCCCAAGGCGCCCAUCUACGCAUCGGGAGGCUUGUUUAUCGCAGCUUUCUUCAGUAUGCUUUUGCUGCCUAUCGAGACUAGGGGCAAGCAGACGUUGUAA